AAAGUGAAUAAAGAAAAAAUUACGUUUAGAACUACUAUAUGUGCAAUAAAUAAUAAUUUUUGCAUUCACUAUUAUUCUUUUGUUGAAUAAUUAAGAAAAAUCUAAUAAAUAUAUACAAAAUAAAUAACUAUUAAACGCGAAAUUGGAAAUAAAAACAAAACCAAUUAUCAAUAUUUUUAUCUAUAUAAACAAAACACACUAAAUGUAAUCAUCAUAAAUAAUAGCAAGAUAAGAAAAAUUAAAAAUUUUCACAUAUAAAAUUAAAGAAAAGAAAGAAAAAAACUUAUCAACAUAAAUGAUGAACUAUGAUGGUUUAUUGUCACAGUUAACGGAAGAGAAAUUGAACCUUUUUCAAGGCAGCCCAACUGUGGGCACAACAACUGCAGCUAAUAUCAUACCAGUAGAGGAGGGUGCCAUCGAAGAGGAACAGGCCGCUACUAUACAAUGUGUUAGAAGGCCUCCAGCAGUACCGUCAGGAAAUGCUGGUAAAUCUGAAGUCUCAACACCUCAGAGGAAAAUAUCGACAUCUUCGCGCUUUAUCAAUGCUUUCCAACAGCUUUAUACUACGUCUAGUGGUUCCUGUGUCAAUAACGCCACAGAGAGUGAUGAUAACGAUGGCAACACUGCUUCUUCUACAUCAACCUCAACACCAGCAGCUGGUAGAACACCCACCAAAGGUAUGGAAUCGAAAUUGCUUACCAUGUGGCACAACGUUAAAUAUGGCUGGAGCGGAAAAUUGAAAUCAAACUUUUCAAAGGAACAACCUGUCUGGUUGUUAGGCAGAUGUUAUCAUCGUAAGGGAACACCCUCUUCCUCCAUGGAAACUUCAGCAGAAUUGAGUAAUAAUCCGGGACAAGACAAUAGUAUAAUAUCGAGUGCCUAUGAUACAAUACAGCAAGUUAACUCAGAAAACAUAAUGACUCCAAAUAGUAAUACGCUGUCAUUGUAUCCUGUCUUAAAUCCUCAACAAGUGGAGGAAAUAGUUGUGCCACAGGAAUUGGCAAUGGAUGCUACAGAUAAUCAGGUUGGGGAUAAUCCUUGGGAGGAAGGAAUUGAGGGAUUUAAGCGUGAUUUCUACAGUCGUAUUUGGAUGACAUAUCGUCGAGAGUUUCCGCUAAUGAAUGGUUCAAAUUAUACUUCAGACUGUGGUUGGGGCUGUAUGCUGCGCAGUGGUCAAAUGUUAUUGGCCCAGGCCUUAAUUUGCCACUUUUUAGGACGCAGUUGGCGCUAUGAUUCAGAAUCACAAUUGCAUUCGACUUAUGAGGAUAAUAUGCAUAAAAAGAUCAUUAAAUGGUUUGGAGAUAGUUCAUCCAAAAGUUCACCCUUCUCUAUACACACAUUAGUUGGUUUGGGCGAAAAAAUGGGUAAAAAGCCAGGUGAUUGGUAUGGUCCAGCUUCAGUGUCAUAUUUAUUAAGACAAUCCUUAAAAAAUGCUGCUCAAGAAAAUGCUGAUUUUGAUAAUCUGGUUAUAUAUGUGGCCAAGGAUUGUACAAUUUAUAUUGGAGAUAUUGAAUCGGAAUGUUGCAUACCCGAACCAACACCCAAACCUCAUGUACCCUGGCGUAAACCAGAAACUCCAAAAUCAUUAGAAUCUAAACAAAAUUGGAAAUCAUUAAUUGUAUUGAUACCAUUACGCUUGGGUACCGAGAAAUUAAAUCCAGUAUAUGCUCAUUGUUUGAAAUUGUUGCUCAGCACUGAAUAUUGUAUUGGCAUAAUAGGUGGUCGACCAAAACACUCUUUGUAUUUUGUAGGAUUUCAGGAGGAUAAAUUAAUACAUUUGGAUCCUCAUUAUUGUCAGGAAAUGGUGGACGUUAAUCAAGAGAAUUUCCCCUUACACUCAUUCCACUGCAAGUCACCCAGAAAACUUAAAACGAGUAAAAUGGAUCCAAGUUGCUGUAUUGGUUUCUAUUGUCAGACUAAAACAGAUUUUGAUAAUUUUGUCGAAUCCGUGCAAAUGUAUCUUCAUCCCAUGCGUUGUGCCUCUGGCAGUCUGGAGAAACAGCCUUCCAUUAACAACCAACAUCAACAACAAAUGCCUUCAAGUUUGACCAAUAGUUUUACGGAAACUUCAUCACAAUUUGCCGAAAUGAAUUAUCCUUUAUUUUCUUUCUCGAGAGGACGUUGUUUGCAACAUGAAAGUCAAAAUGAAAUGAGCGAUUCUCUAUAUAAACCUUUACAAAAACAACUGCAGCAAAUUAAUAAUGAUUCGUUGACACAAGCAAGCAAUGAUGAUGAUAGUGAAACAGAGGAAUUUGUUUUACUUUAAAGAAUUAUCAUAA